AUGUUGCGAGCGCCAUGGCUUUGUCGACGGUUGCUCAGGCCGUCACAAUGGCGGACAACAUUACCAACAAUAAAAUUCACACACCGGCUAGCUAGUACAGAUGCGAAUGGGAGAAUACCGCCGGUCCUGCUCCUCCGAGCGAGGAAGCUCAAAGACGAGCAUGAUCAAUUGCACAGCGAACUGGAGGCCAACUUUGAUACCGCUAAAGCAAAGCGCAUGGGAGAAAUCUCUAGGGUUGCCGAUGCUCUCAAGGCCUGGGAUGCGGCACAAGCAAGUGUCAAAGAGUUGACUGGUCUUACCAACUCUCAGGACGAGGAGAUGCGAGAGCUGGCCAAGGAGGAGCUUGAGACAACAAACAAUGAGCUCGAGGCACUUUCUGACAAGAUCAAGAUCGCCUUGACGCCAAAACACCCCUUUGCCGACAUGCCCUGCCUCAUAGAGUUUCGGCCAGGGCCCGGCGGAAUGGAAGGGCGCUUGUUCACUGAUGCCCUGUUCAAGAUGUACCAGAGCUACUGCACGUUCAAGGGAUACAGAACCAAGACCGUAACGUACGAAAGAGUCGAUGGCCCUCCCGGGGCCGACGGGGAAACCCCGCUGCAGGAGGCCAUACUGGAGGUGACGAACCCCGGUUCAUACGACAUAUUCCGAGGCGAGGCGGGCAUGCACCGUGUUCAGCGCGUCCCCACGACCGAGAAGUCGGGCCGCAUUCACACCAGCGCCACUGCCGUGUGGGUAUUGCCGUCGUUCCCCGAGGAGGCCGGCGCCGGCGACGAGAGCGCAACCGACGUCAACGACCCCAACAGCGACUUUUACAUAGAUCCGACCGAGGUGCGAGUCGAGACGAUGCGAGCACGAGGCGCAGGUGGACAGCACGUCAACAAGACAGAGUCGGCGAUCAGGUUGACGCACAUGCCGACCGGCACGGUGGUCAGCAUGCAGGACGAGAGAUCGCAGCAGCGCAACCGGGAGGCGGCUUGGAAGGUUCUGCGGUCGCGCAUCGCACAGAAGAGGCGGGAGGAGCGUGAGGAGAUGGCGCAGAACCUGCGCAGCAGCGUCCUGUCAAAGGACAAGAUCACAAGGGGCGACAAGAUUCGGACGUACAACUACGCGCAGAAACGCUGCACCGACCACCGCAGCGGGCUCGACAUCCACAAUCUGCCUGGCGUCCUCAUGGGCGGCCCCGAGCUGGAUAGAAUCAUUGCCAGCGUUCACGAGUGGCAGACGGCCAAGGACGUGCGCUUGCUCAUCGCCGAGGAGGAGGAAACUGCCGCGGCCGCGGCUAAAGACCCAGGGGGCAGCCGGGAGACGAAGAAAUGA